CAUACCCGUACACUGUCACUAUCACUGUCAAACCAUCACACACGACCAAACGCCCACGGAACGGAACCCCCCUCUCCCCACAAGAGAACCAGAUUCACGCGGGCGCAUCCAGCAUGACCACAUACAACGAGGAGACCGGUUCUCGGUCCUCCCAGCGCUCUUCACAUUCCAGAAGAGCGCAAAACCCACAACAACAGCUGUCGCAGAUCGAGAAGAGCGUCACACAUCUGCUCGUCGCGACAAAACAGCUGCUCGAAACCCUCACACUAUGGUCUCGCGGAACCGCCACCGAGAGCGAAGUAUCCGACGUUUACGUUCGUCUUGGCUACGAAUUCAACAUCGCCUCAAGAGCCUUCAACGCUAUAGGCGUGGAUACACAAGACCUUGGAAAUGUGCCUGAACUACUGCGUGGAAUAUUGGAGGAAACCCUCAGCCAGGAAGCCUCACAACAAAGCCUAGAUAACUUCCUGCCGCGUAUCCGCGACAUCAUCAUAAACCUAUUGCACGGUCUCAAGAAGAAACAACAACGGCUUCGCCAGCGUACGGGGAGGGAUGGCACUCUCAAUGGCUCAGGUCAACGACAAGGCAGUAUCGACAGUACCGGCGAAGCAAGUGAACCUCCUCGAGCAGCUAGCACGCGUCUACCCGCCAGACCAGAUGGCGACCUUCCUGGCGCUGACGGUCCCUCUCUCCCGCCGCGCUCUUCUUCGGUCCCUGGACGCGCCUCGCCAACCAAGUACGAAUCCCUACCAGCGAAUCCACGCUCGAAUAGGGCUACAGGGACCAGCCAGCACUCUACCGACUCCUCCAUGUCCAGCAACACAAUGCAACAAAUCCCAGUCAUCGCGCCCUAUCCAGCUGACGAUCCUAUGCCCAAAUCUCCUGCCCCGCCACCAACCAUCAAUUAUGCCGCAGACUUCCCACCACCUCCUCCUCCCCCGAAGCAAGAAGAUGCACUGGCUGCGCUGCAGCGGGGUGGUGAGUUGGAAAGGAGGGCAUCGAGGCGUUUCUCUGCAUACCAAAUACAGAAACACCUUGGUACGAACGGCAUACCUCUUCCAGCCGUGCAGAACUCCCCCAUUCCGAACCGAGGCAGAGACGUUCGCGAAUCGAUGAACGCCGUUCGCAUUCGUGGAUCUCUCCUUCAUAGCCGCCAGCGAUCCAAUCAGCGACCGAUCGUCGAUACGAAUGUGGAAAAGGGCUCCAGCGUACCCAGACGUAUUUCAGAAGAGAGCACUCAGAGUUCCGUGCCCAGCAUUAAGCCUCCUCCAGAGCCGGUACCUGAGGACAGCCCACUGCAAAAGACACCCGACGAUAAACUUGGAUCACCCAAUUUUCCUGGCGCCGAAGGCGAGACGCCUGUCGUGGGAGCAACUCUGAAUGGACCAUUGGCUGAGCCAGCGGAUUUCCCAGCAGAGUCUCCCGCCAAAAGUGAACCGAAAGCUACUAGUCAGGUAGCUAGACAGAACUCUCGGCGUGUCAAAACUCCAUCACCUCAACCAGAACAGUUCAUUCCCGAGCAGUCACCCCAACCGGGUAAAGAGCUCACCCUGUUCUUGCAGUACAAGAGCAAAGUCAAGAAAUACGUAUUUGCUGAUGGGUCGGAUCUUUCUCCUGGCCGCUUGCAAUUGGCUUUCAUCGAGAAGUUUGCAUGGGACACUCAUCGCAAUGGCGAACUACCCGAGAUCCAUAUCCAAGAUUCCGUCUCUGGUGUGCGUUAUGAGCUGGAAGACAUGGGCGACAUCAAAGACCGCUCAGUCCUCGUUCUCAAUGUCGAGCAGCUCGACGAGGUCAAGAACCACAUCGAUGACAAGUUCGGUGGGUUGAGUCGCCUUGUAGAGAGCAUCAAGACUGUUGUUGAAGACCAGCAGUCCGCUAUCCAACGUGUGGCCGACCGUCAACAGCAGGCAGCCAAAGAGAUUGCUGGCAUCGCUGCAGCACCUACGAUUUCUUCGGCCCGGGUUUCGACUAUAUUCCCCCCACGCUCACCUAUGCCAUCAAAUGGACCCACAUCAGAGUCGUCCAUAUCUUCCGCCACCCAACUCAAUGAAGUCCAGUCCCUUCGUCGAGAUUUGGCCGUUGUCCGACAGACUUAUACUUCGUUUGCUGCGGAUAUUGAAGCGAGCAUGUCUGCCAUUCGCACGAAGGCUUCUGCCGUCAAGUCAACGGCCGUCAAAGCUGCUUUACCUACUCUUGAUGGCGAUAGCGGGCGUGCCUACGUCAAUGCUGGCAAGAAGACACUCCAGGAGGACUCGGAGAAGAUCGUCAACCGCGUCGAUGAUCUGCAAGAUCUUGUUGAAGAUCUUCGCAAAGAUGUGGUCAUGCGUGGUGUGCGACCUUUACCCCGUCAACUCGAAGGCACGGCCAAAGACCUGUCCACUGCGACUGCAGAGCUCAAGAAAUUGCAAGAUUACCUGGCAAAGGAGAAGCCGCUUUGGACAAAGAUUUGGGAGCAGGAACUCCAAACUGUCUGCGAAGAGCGAGACUUACUUACUAUGCAAGAAGACCUUGCCGCCGAUCUCCAGGAUGAUCUUGAGAAGGCUGCCCAGACUCUUGAAUUGGUAGAACAGGCUACUAAGCAACAAAAUCUCGAAAGCGAUCAAGGCCAGGCCAAAGGCCAACGCUCAGCCAGUGGACGAAAUCUAGUCAAUGCCGCAGCUUUUGAUAAAGCCAUCGACCCUCGCCAAGCUCGUGACGGCGUUCUAGGAGAAGUCAAGGCUCUUCAGCCAAACCACGAAGGGCGCUUGGAAGCCAUCGAACGAGCCGAGAAAGCUCGCCAGAAAGAACUCGAAAGUAGGCGUGAUGGAGAGUUCAAAAGAGAGCUUGGUGCUUUCGUAGAGGAAGGGAAAUUGAGAAAGAGUGGUGGCGUUGAAGAGGUUGAGCGUCUUCGUAAGUCGAGGGACGAACGGUCUCGUAAGGAGAAUCACGAGCGAAUGGUAGCGAGAGAAAGAGCUAGAGCCGAACGUGAGGCUGCCGAAGCCGCCGCUGCUGCCGAAGCUGCCAACGAGGAAAACCAAGAAGACGGCCAGGAGGGGGAUGAAGCACCAAAUCAGGAAGAGUCCAAGGAUGAAUCAGUGCAGUCACCUGAAG